AUGGCGGUAGGCACGAUCGCUGAUGCUGCAGCGUCAGCACUAUGGACAGUCACCCUGGCCUUCGGUGGGCCCCAGAAUCCCUUGCAAAGGGUAAAUGACUGGUACCUCUUCCUUACGGAUCUGUCCGUUCUCGGCCUCUGCCUCAUCGCUGUCACCCUCCCCAGGUCUGUUGUUAUCGCCCUGACCAACUAUAGAUCCAUGUACUUCCAGGGCUUUAUCGCCCAGGUGUUCCUGGUGAUCGUUUUCGCCACUUCAAAGCUGGUCGUCAACACUUCAACUGGAAAGCCCCGGGACAGCUCAACCGGAGUCUCUAGAAUCGUGAAAAUUCCUGGGCAGUGCGUCCACUCCCAGAGUCCGCACCUCUCCAAGGAGCUGGUCAGGCGCCCGGUGCGGGGUGAGCCUCAAGAGCACCUGUAUGUCCUCGAAUUCUGCCUCAUCUCUGCCACCGUCCCCGAAUCCGUCACCAUCUCCUUGACUAGUAACAGCUCCAUCUCCUUCCAGGACUAUAUGGCUCAGCUCUUACUGGUGAUCUUGUUUGCCGCUUCGGAGUAUUAUUUUGCCCUCACGAUCACCUGCUCUAAGGACCACAUCACAAUCGACGUGUCCAUGACCCUAGGGGUAGUGUUAGCUGUCGUCGGUUUCGCCUCCAUCGUCAUAUUCCAACCUCAGACUCUGGUGUCCGUGUUCUACACAGUGGUACUACCUGCCCUGAACCCCUUCCUCAUCUGCAGCGUGACGAACCUGGACAUGAAGGCCGCCCUGUGGAAAAUACUAAAACAGAGCUUUUCCCAUCCUUUCCUUUGA